AUGGAUGUUUAUAAAUACUCCUUGAUAAAGUCUGAAAAAGAGUUAAAUAGUGAAUUUGAUGGUAUUGAUAGUGAACAUGGAACCAGGAUAAUUAUCAGCAACAUCCGUAAGACCACAGACAAUAAGCCAGAGUUUGACUUCGUGACAGACGAGUGUGAUAUUCGGAUUCCUGAUGACACAAGUUCCGAGAGUGAAAAGUAUCGUAAAACCAAACGACAGAAUCAUGUUCCCGAGUGUGAUUACUCUCUCAGGGUAAGACAAUUUGCUGUUCAUGUCAUCAAAAAUUUUGUCGUUGAUUAUAAUAGUUUAUUAUAAUUUACCGUAUCUGAAGUCACAUGCGAGAAGUGUGUUUUCGAAUUUGAAGUUUGACAAUACCAAACAGCAUAGAUUUUGUAUGGGUACUUUGGUUUCCUCCUGUAUAGACUGCAAGCAGUCCCCCAGGAGAAACGAAGGACUGUCGACAACACAUCAAGAAACGAAAUACGUGUUACCCACACAAUGUGAAAUUCCCAUUGGUCGAAGUCAAUAUGGCUGUCAAUCAAAUCUGAUAUGAAGUAUUUAUGCUAUAAAUAAUUUCCAGACUUGAAUGUUGAUUUUAUAAAUAAACAUAACAGGCUUAAAUGAGCAGUUCCUAUUGGGUAGAUUUAACUGGAUAUAACUAAUGAUUACGCAAAGGCGGAGCCGCCUUGACAAGAGAGAAAAGUGGGUGUAUUUUGUUUCUUUAUGUGUUGUUGGCUGUCCCUCCUUUCCCCUCAUCAUACCUGUAGAUUUUAUUGUUGUGGAGGUAGCCAAUCUUUAAAUGGAGCUAGACUAUGCCACAUUCUCGUACCCAGAGCCCGUCUUACACGCGAUCAACAGAGCAUGACAAGGGUAGCAGGUACGAUCGGCAGUUGCGCUGCAUUUGCCGCAACUGCAGAUCAAAAUUUAGCCUCUGAACGACAACACAAUGCCAAGUGUGCCAAGUAUAGAAGUGCAUUCUGAGAGUGCAUUCUUGCAGUUAUUCUAGUUAGACAGUAACUCCGGGCUUAGAUAACAAGCUCCAAAUGAUUUUUGGAAUUAGCAACACAGCGAGUAACUUCAAGCUUUAUACAUACCUAGCGGCUAGGCUGGCUUGCCUCGCUACACAAUACUUUUUGGAGUUAGACAGUAACUCAAGGCUUAGGUACCUAGUUUUUUCAUGAUUUUUGGAGUUAUUCUUAGCUCCAAAUGAUUUUUGGAGUUUGCCAGUAACUCCACAAUUCAUAUUUCAACUCAUACGUUUUGAAUUACACAAGUUAUUCAAGUGUAUAUUUUGGUUUGGAGUUGGCCCUUUAGACUUUGGAGGUAGCGUCGCUCCAUAACUUCCUACUUUCUACAGGCAUGCCCCUCACGGCAACGCCCGGGAAUCUAAACGUGUAGAAAGGAGAGGCCCCUCGUAGUCUACCUUCUGUAAUAUGGUAACCAAUAGAGGAAUAAGGAUUGCCCUUACUGGACAUAUAUGUCAAACAAUUUAGAACUGACAGAGCUGUCCAGUAAUAUUAAAGUUCAGUUAUAUAAUAUUUAUAUUAUUUGCAUCAAUGUUGUAGGCAUAUUGUGCCAUUCUGUACCUCAAACCAAAGAUGCAAAUUUUUAUACGAGGGAAGAAGGUGAAGACUUUGGUGGUUGAAAGAAGCUUGAGUAAAACUGAAGUUGAUCGAUAUAAACCAACAGUAUCCUUGAUUUUAACAACUCAUUUACUAUAAAGCUCUAAUGUAUUCCAUGAUGCACCUAUCAUUUGCUUAACAUGUUCAAUGCUAGAUAAGUUUACUAGUCAUAGGGGAGUGUUGGGCAUUAAUUAAUGAGUUAACCAGAUGGCUGCCCAUGUGUCUUGUUAACCCAUUGAGCGAAAUCAGACAAAUUUUAACUUGUCAAGGGGAAAGUGUUGGGUGUUAAUGAAUUUGUUUAAUUAAAGUAUUCUUAACUCCAGUCUUCAGCAUGCAAUCACAGCUCCAUUAAAAGUUGUAUUUGGCUUCAACAGUCGGAAUAAGAAUCAUUAUGGUAUCAUGAUGUAUCAUCGAAAUAGAUUAAUCAAACCUUAUGAAAGAGUUGGAUAUCAGUUAAAGGUAGGUAUUAGGCAAAAAUGCCUUAGGUUUGGAGUACUUUUCAGCUGAGUAUCUAGGUGGAUACUUAAGCAUCUUUCAACUCUUCAUCUGGUAUCCAUCCUUGAAAAUCCAUAUCCCAUAGUGGGCAGGACAUUGGUGUCUGUAUUAGAGAGGCAUCCGUAUUAGAGAGGUUUUUUAUUAGAGAGGUGUCUGUAUUAGAGAGAUGUAUGUAUUAGAGAGGUGUCUGUAUUAGAGAGAUGUCUGUAUUAGAGAGAUGUCUGUAUUAGAGAGGUGUCUGUAUUAGAGAGAUUUCUGUAUUCGAAAAGUGUCUGUAUUAGAGAGGUGUCUGUAUUAAGAGAGAAGUCUGUAUUAGAAAAGUGUCUGUAUUAGAGAGGUGUCUGUAUUAGAGACAUGUCUGUAUUAGAGAGAUGUCUGUAUUGGAAAGGUGUCUGUAUUAGAGAGGUGCCUGUAUUAGAGAGGUGUCUGUAUUGGAGAGAUGUCUGUAUUAGAGAGGUGUCUGUAUUAGAGAGGUGUCUGUGUUAGAGAGGUGCUGGUAUUAGAGACAUGUCUGUAUUAGAGACAUGUCUGUAUUAGAGAGGUGUCUGUAUUAGAGAGGUGUCUGUAUUAGAGAGGUGUCUGUAUUAGAGAGUUGUUUGUAUUAGAGAGGUGUUUGUAUUAGAGAGGUGUCUGUAUUAGAGAGGUGUCUGUAUUAGAGAGGUGUCUGUAUUAGAGAGGUGUCUGUAUUAGAGAGGUGUCCGUAUUAGAGAGAUGUCCGUAUUAGAGAGGUGUCUGUAUUAGAGAGAUGUCUGUAUUAGAGAGGUGUCUGUACUUGUCAUGGGGAAAAUUUGCAUCAAUUGGUUAAGAGGUUUCUUGAAUUCCAGGCAAACAACUUGGGUGUUGGUGUGGUUGGCGUUGUUCAGUGUGAUUUCCUUCAGCCAACUCACAAUAAACAAGACUUUGACUAUACUAAGGCGUACAGGUAAGAAUGCAAGAUUGAUAUCAUGGCAGUUUUAAUUUGUCAUGGGUCUGUAUUACCAAAUGAAAAUAUACAUUUCAUCAUCUUCUAGAGCUUGUAUUUACUCACUUGGAGUGAAGUUGAAUGAGUACUGGUAAGUUGUGAGUUUGCUUGGCUUAUGUUAUCAUGGAACACAACUAAGUGUUAGGCUGGCAUUAUCCCAACCCACGCUUUCAACAUUCUGUAUGGGAGGAAUACUGGUAAUCAAGUGCAUUCACUACUGCAACUCUUUUUGUGUCAUGAGGCAAGAAUGGAGCAUUAUACAAUCUCAGACAAUUGCUCUGACGACUAUGCUACAUACUCAUGCUGUUUAUGUUUUGUGUUCAGGAAUGAAAAGAAAGGACCUGUGAAGUCAUCAACUAACAGUAUUGCAGAUCAAGUGAUCCCAGAACCACAGGAAGUACAGUAAGAGACUGGAUAAAAAUAUUUACAAAAAAGGAAAACACAGCCUUAACACAUAAGAAUCUCACAAUUUGUGAACAAAAUGUUGUUGCAACAGGCUUUUCAACAAGCUGUAAUUGAUGCUGUUAUUUUAUCAACUUGCUACAAGGUUGUCACUCGCAACUUGUUGAUAAAUUGUUGAAUUACAUCAUGAUAACAAGUUGUUGAAACAACUUUUCACAAGUCUGUUGAGUUCAACAACCUUGUAGCAAGUUGUUGACAAGCCGUUGAUAACUUGUCAACAAGCUGGGAACAAGCAGUGUAAACACGUCUUGUUGACAAGUUGUUGCAACAGCAUUGCUACAAGUCUGCUGCAGCUUUGUUACAACUUGUGCAUUUUUAUGUGUGUACCAGUGGUUUUGCAACAAGAAAUGAGAAACCAACACCACCUAUAAUAACCAGUGUAUGACCAAUUAACUUUCAUUCAGAGCACUCCCAGAUCAAACCUGGGCACAAUGUGAUGAACGGACGUGCCUAAAGUGGCGUAAACUACCAGAUGGUAUUGACCCGGACUCUUUACCUGAGAAAUGGUAUUGUUCCAUGAAUCCUGAUCCAAACUUCAAGUCAUGUGAUGUGCCUGAGGAAAAAGAAGAGGAAAAGACCAGUAUUACACCUUAUGAAAAAGUACAGAAAAGACGACUGUAAGUUGGUAACAUUGUUGACAGUGCUGAACUUGCUGGCAUACAGGCGCCAGUUGUAUAAAAAGGUUGUUAAUUAAAGUUAACUACAGUGUGAAGUGAUGGAAUGUGAAAUGGCAUAGAACUGCUGAGAAUUACUGUACAGAACUGCUGCUCUCCACGCCAAUUUUAAUGUCAUUUCCGUGGACAGGUUUUACGGAAAUUCCAAUCCUGAUUGUUAACAUCAAACUUCACUUUUAAAUUAAUUUUAGUGUCAAAGAAAUGGAAGAAAAGCAACACCGAGAGAAGGUAGUGUAUAAUGCUGUGAUGUCCAUCAUAUUAUCAACUAUAUGAUAUUCCUGUGUUCCCACAAUAUAAUUGUUAGAGAGCUUCACAUUUUGACUACCAUUACGGCAUUACCAUUAAGUUAUGUUUACACAGUGACACACAAUUCAGCUUAAUUAAAUGAUAUUUGAAAAACACGCUGCCAACGUCAUCUGGCGACAUCGUUAACUAACAACAUUCGUCAAAACCUGAAAUCGGGUUGAUAAUUUGAUGAAACAGGGUUCACGGGGUUGAUAAUUUGACGAAACAGGGUUCAUGGGGUUGAUACUUUGAUGUUCUUAUGUCACAGGCUGCAAAAUUGGCAUUACUACUGGAGCAAGAAGAGAAGGUAAAAAUAUGACCCAAUUAAUACAUUUUGUUAUUAUUAUUAUUUGUUUUGACUAAUAUAGUUUUCCAUUCAUUAAAUUUUAGCUUAUAGAGUAGUAUCCAUAUUUGAGAGUUGCCCACAUUAGAAAAUUGUUAUUAAGUAUUAUCAACUAAUAUAUUUUAUUUUGACUGGUUGUAGUUUUCCAUUCAUUAAAUUUUAUAUUGUUAUUCUUCAUCUUUAAUAUGUCCUCCUUUAGAACAAAAUUUUGGAGAAAAGAGAGGAAAUUUUAAAGAAGAAGGAAGAACUAUUCAACUUGUAAGAACUCGCGAAUUACUCUUGAAAAGGCACUUCCAUUUCUGAUCCUAUACGAUUUCGUCGCAUGCCAUCAAUUUUUAUUACCGGUUACUGACUGAGAAAAUUUGCCAUACUGUAGGAUGUCUGGAGUUUGCGAGAUAUUGGAUAUCGGUAUCCGGAUCCAGCGCAUCGCUAAUGAAUACUCACAUAGCGUUUAAUUUUUUUUGUAGACAAAUGGCCCAACGUGAAAAAGACACUAAACCGGUAAGUACUAUUCAUAUUCUGUUGUACCGUACAUAGAUCUUUCCUCAUGCAUUUAGUACAGUACAAGUAACACUUUGUUUUGCUAUUCUGUUCAGAAAAUCAAAGUUGAAGGUGGUUCUUUACCGACUGCGCAAAUUGCUCCAAGAUCAACAACGGUAAAAAUUGUCAUAACAAAAUAAAAUACGAAAAUUUAAGAGGCCAGACUUCUAAUGCUAAACUUGCCCUUUACCUGACCAAAAUCUUAACCUAAUACUAACAUAAAACUUGUUAAAAUUGAAAUUAUUAUUUUGACGUAUUUAGGUCACCCCUGUAUUGAUUAUGAUUAUUCCGAAGUCCGAACACACUAACUUUAACUAAUUGUUAAUUAUUUUUGUUUAUAUUUUAUUUUAUUUUAACUUUUCCAGAAACCUUUAAAUGCAGUCACUCCCUCUGCAAAACCAUCACCACGACAGAUAGGCAGCCAAUUAGCGGCUCGCCUCAGCCAAUCAGCAACUCGCACGCCACAAACUAACCAAUCAGCACGAAGUCCAGCGAAAUCCAAGCCAUCCCCUGCACUUUCAUUGGCUCGUUCCAACCAAUCAACACCUAGCCCAACACAAGCCAGCCAAUCAACACCUAAAUCUUCACUAAGCCAAUCCACUCCUAGAUCUCCACUAAACAGCAGCCAAUUAGCAUCUAGGUUUGCACAAACCAACCAAUCAAUGACUAGUAUUUCUGCAGCUAGCCAAUCAGCAUCUAGAACGCCCAUCAGGCAGUCACUGGCUAGUAAACCAAGCCAAGUAACAAAAAGCCCAGCUAAACAAAACGUAACUAUCGUUCAAGCAAAACCUGGGGCUGGUCAAUCGCUCAAAUUUGUUACACAAUCUCAGAAACUGAGUACUACAGGUAUAACAUUCAAGAUGGUCAAAGCCUCGAACGGGACUACGUACCUAGUACAGGAGAAAAAAUCCCAGGGAACUCCGACCACUACCGGCACAAAACCCACCGCUACUGUGGUUAGAGCAAGUGGACCAGCUUUGGCUGCGGUAAUUUGUUUUUAAUUUUUGGGCGGAUAACCCAGGAUCUUGUUUCCUUUGUUUAAUUUUAUUGACGGUUUCCAUAGGCUGACCUACAAAGGGAAAGAUUUUCAGUUUCCUUACACUUUAUUUCUUUGAACUAACUUAGUUUCUUAUAUAAUUUGUUUUUCAUUUAAAGAUUUCUGCAGUCGGCUCCAAGUCAACUCCUGCGACUGGCCAAACCAAUUCAACUCCAAUUUCUGCCAGACCUAUAGUGGCUGCCUUACCAAGCACUAAUGUUGAUGUCAAACCUCGCCUCAAUGUCAUGCCCAAACCUCAGAUCUCUACUGCCAAAACUGCUGCUGCUGUUAGACAACAGAAUGGUUCAUCAACACAAAAUGCUACAAGGACUGUGGCUAAAAGUCCAGCGGUAAGCUUUCACUGUUCCCAAACGACAGUAGUACAAGACCCAACGUUUCGACACUCCAGUCUAGUGUCUUCAUCAGGGGUGAUCUAAAGUUGCAAUCAUCACCCCUGAUGAAGACACUAGACUGGAGUGUCGAAACGUUGGGUCUUGACUACAAUUCGACUGGGCUUUGUAAUCAUUUAUUUAAACCAGAGUAGCGAGCGCAACAUGAUUGAUAUACCUGGUUGCAGUGAACGAACAAACUUUAAAUUUUAUACAUUUAUCAGACUAAACCUGGUGUAGUACGAAAAAUAACAAAAGGAUUCCUGCCGGAGGACCUAAAGUUGCAUUUUACAAAACUGUUCCUGGUUUGGUUCAUCAAAAAUAACCCUUCAAUUCUACCGAAUGAGAUGCCCCUAAUCCUGAACAAUAAUGAUGCCUUUUGAAUUUGUUUUUAUGUUUUGUUCCCAUAUACUGUAUUUGCAGGGACCGCGGAGACGGGGGGGCUUUAGCCCCCCCACUUUUUUUGACAGCCAAAAUUAUUAAAAUAGAAAUCUAAAUGAAACUUUCUAAAUUAAUUAAUUGGGGGUUUUAUUGAUGAUUUAGCCCCCCCACUCUCUAAUACGCUCCGCGGGCCCUGAUUUGGUCUUAUAUUCUAACAGAAUGCUGAUGUUAAACCAUCCCUGUCCUUGGCCGCGACAGCUUACUCAGAAAUCACUGGCAAUACUUCAACCACACCACAAGAUGUUAAGAAGUAUGUAAUGUUUUCUCAACUUAGAAUUUACCGAUGCAAAAUUCCUACUGUGAUCACAGAAACUUUGAUAGUGUAAACCAGGUUUAACAAACACCCAUUAAAAUCUAUUUUGGUAUAGUAUUUUGGCUUCUGGAAUCAAACGCGAAGCUCCUGGGAAUAAUGUGAGUCCAAUUCCUGCCAAGAUACAACGAACGGAACGGGAUGCUACGAUUAUAGUCAUCGACCCGCUUCCGACACAACAGCAAAAACCAUCAGAAACCGACGCUCAGAAACGAAUCAAAGAACUCGAAAGUCGAGUGAAGACACUUGAGAGUGAACUAUCUGAAGUUAGAAGCGAAGGGAAAAACAGAUUGGACGAAUUGGUAGAAGAUUUACAUGAAAAAUCCGUUAUGUUGAUAAGAAGGAAUAAAGAAUUUGAAGAGAAGAAACAGGAGAUACAAUCAAAGCAAAAUGAUUUGAGCGAGAAAACGAGAGAGCUGAAAGUUCUCCGUGGAAAUGUGUGUAAGUUACUACAAGUGCUGGUGCCCGAGAUUGACGUGGAAUCCGAGGGAGAUGGUGACACAGUCGAUGACCUGUUGAGGCAAGUUUUGGAGGCGAAUAAAUAG